GAAAGAUAACAAUGAGUGUCGAACUCUACUAUAAAAGCAUUACCCCUCCUCUUCAAACCCACAUCGAUCAAUAGAGCAACAUGGCAUCGAAACUAGCGGUAGCGUUCCUCGUAGUGGCAUUCCUGGCACUCGCUUCUUCCCGAUCCGCUCCGCGAAUCAUCGGAGGAGACGAGGCCGCCCCGCACGAGUUCCCGUACCAGCUGUCCCUCCAGUGGAACUUUGACCACCCGGACACAGUUUGCGUGCACUUUUGUGGCGCUUCCCUGCUGACGGCGGACUACGCGCUGACUGCUGGCCACUGUGAUGUGGAGUACUCGGUAGAAGGAUUCCCCGAACUGGUUGCCGCCGAACACAACGUGGAAGCCCAGGAAGGUCCGGAGCAGAGACGCCGGGUGGCCGCGUUCGUGGUUCAUCCCGGGUACGGGGGUGGGGUCGGUCCGAACGAUAUCGGCGUGAUCCGCGUGGAGCGGCCGUUUGAGCUGAACGAGGUGGUGCAGCCGGUUCAGCUGCCGAAGCAGCUGGUGCAGUUCCAGGGAGACGUUACGCUGACCGGGUGGGGAUCCAUGUCGACCUCCUUGUACCCGGAAUAUCCCGACAAGCUGAGGAAAGUGGUCCUCCCGUUGGUAGACUUCAACACCUGCCACCAGCUGUGGGACUUUACGACCGCGCUGGAGGAGAGCAACGUCUGUGCCGGUCCCACGGACGGAUCCCGGUCGGCUUGCUCCGGAGAUUCCGGUGGUCCGCUGGUCAAGCAGCUGGACGAUGCCGCCGUCCAGGUCGGAGUCGUGUCCUGGGGUUCGCUCCCGUGUGGGCAGCCCAACAGGCCGACGGUGUUCACCGGAGUGGCGUACUUUGUCGACUGGAUCGAGGAGCAGCUGCGCCAGGAUGCGUGAGAUGUGGAAAAGGAAUGGCUUCUUUUUAAGGAAAAUACGGGUUUUUACAACGAAAUAAAAGAAAAUUUUACAGUCUGCGCUGCAGCAAUGAGCU